AUGGGUGAGCGAAUGGUGACCGCGCCCGGCCUUUGUCUCACUGAACGCUGCCCAGUCUUGCCCUCUAAAGGCCUGAGCAAGCCAAUGCCCUGUUCAAGGCGCGUUCGUCGAGGGAAGACACCACACGUUCUGCCGCUGCCGCUGCUGCCGGCUUGGCCGGCAGCCGUGGCCAUGAAGCCAGACUGGGCGUCAGCAGCCAUGAGCAUCGCAAAUUUCUGCAUUGUGAGCCUGAAUGCUUUGUGGGCUGAUCUUAAGCUGUCGCAGCUUUCCAGCGCGCGGUUUGCUGCCGCCACUUCCCCACAGAUGGAAGCACAUCUUCACAUAGCCACCAAAAUAGCGCGGAUGCUUGAACGGUUUGCUUCAGCUGCCAAUGGUUCGUGGUCGUGGUCAGGUGGCUUCGACAAGUUUGAGCACUCAGCCACAACAAAGACCGAACCUCUAAGUGGGCAGGCUGUGGACCUUCUCGUGCGGGCAGGGACUUGUGACCCAGUGAAAUAUGUCUCGCCUGAACUAGCACAGCUUCUGAGCGGGGCGAACAUUUUUCCGGAAGUCAAACAGAAUGUGCCCUGGGAAGAUUGCCCAUGCCCGGGCAACAUUCAGGAAUAUGCCAUUCUUGUUGCACGUGAGUUGGCUUGCGGAAAGGUCAGAUUGCGUCAGCAGGCAAUGGAAGAUUGCCGCAGCUGCACGGCCUCCGCCGCUGAGCUAUGCUUGGUCGCCACGGACGACACGGUCUUCAUCCACCGGGAUAAAGAUCAAGACCUUGCAACGUUGGCUCAGUUUGACAACGCCCUACAACAGGCUGGCGUUCCAAAGAAAGCCAGCAAGGACGUGACGUUGGCCGAACAAAUAACUGCUCUGGGGCGCAACCUAAAGCUUUUGACCUGCGUCACGGCCACCCUGGAUGUGCUGGAGAAAAAGAAAGCUUCACCC